CACACAAAACCUCCAUCGUCUGCCACUGCCAGACCCUUUUCAGUUUUCUCCGUGCCUCUUGCUCCCUCCUGGCUCCGCGCCUGGGCCACCGAGCCCGCGAUCGGAUUCGCUCCCUCUUCGCCGCGCCCCACCACCCAUCGCCGCUGGGGAUCCCUAGGGUUUAGUGCAGUCGCUCGGCUCCGCGCCGUCCUCGCCGCUGCUGCCACCAUGCCGCUCAGGUUGGAGAUCAAGCGGAAGUUCGCUCAACGGUCGGAGAGAGUCAAGUCCGUGGACUUGCACCCCACGGAGCCAUGGAUCCUGUCGAGCCUGUACUCGGGGAGUGUCUGCAUCUGGGAUUAUCAGGCACAGGCAAUGGUGAAAUCAUUUGAAGUUUCAGAACUGCCAGUGAGGUCGGCAAAGUUUAUUUCAAGGAAACAAUGGGUUGUAGCUGGUGCAGACGACAUGUUCAUUCGUGUCUACAACUACAAUACCAUGGACAAAGUUAAAGUUUUUGAGGCUCAUACUGAUUACAUCAGAUGUGUUGCGGUCCAUCCAACUCUACCAUAUGUGCUGUCAUCAUCUGAUGACAUGCUAAUAAAACUGUGGGACUGGGAUAAAGGGUGGGUGUGCACUCAAAUAUUUGAGGGACAUUCACACUAUGUGAUGCAGGUUACUUUCAAUCCAAAGGAUAUUAACACCUUUGCAAGUGCAUCCCUUGACCGCACUACAAAGAUAUGGAGUUUGGGUUCUCCAGAUCCAAACUUCACACUUGAUGGGCAUCAAAAGGGUGUCAACUGUGUUGACUACUUCACUGGUGGUGACAGGCCCUAUUUGAUUACUGGUUCUGAUGACUCCACCGCAAAGGUCUGGGAUUACCAGACGAAGAGCUGUGUUCAGACACUUGAAGGGCAUACACAUAAUAUUUCUGCUGUUUGUUUCCAUCCUGAGCUCCCUAUAAUCAUUACUGGAUCUGAAGAUGGUACAGUUCGUAUAUGGCAUUCGACAACUUACAGACUUGAGAACACACUAAACUAUGGCCUUGAGAGAGUCUGGGCUGUUGGAUACAUGAAGGGGUCUAGAAGGAUGGUGAUUGGUUAUGAUGAGGGGACCAUUAUGAUAAAAAUGGGCCGUGAAGUACCCAUAGCAAGUAUGGAUACCGGUGGGAAAAUCAUUUGGGCGAAACAUAAUGAAAUACAAACUGUAAAUAUCAAGACAGUCGGUGCAGGUUUUGAAGCCACAGAUGGAGAAAGAUUACCCUUGGCUGUAAAAGAGUUAGGAAGCUGUGAUUUGUACCCACAGAGCUUGAAGCAUAACCCUAAUGGACGGUUCGUUGUUGUAUGUGGAGAUGGCGAGUACAUAAUUUAUACUGCCCUGGCCUGGAGGAAUAGAUCAUUUGGGUCUGCACUGGAAUUUGUUUGGUCAUCAGAAGGAGAAUAUGCAAUUAGGGAAAGUACAUCAAGAAUAAAGAUUUUCAAUAAAUCGUUUCAGGAGAAGAAAACUAUCCGCCCUUCAUUUUCAGCAGAGCGUAUUUAUGGUGGGGUAUUGUUGGCAAUGUGUUCUAGUGACUUCAUCUGCUUUUAUGACUGGGCUGAUUGUAGACUAAUACGCCGAAUCGAUGUGAAUGUUAAGAAUGUUUACUGGGCUGAUAGUGGUGACCUAGUUGCAAUAGCAAGUGAUACAUCAUUCUACAUCCUCAAGUACAAUAGAGAUAUUGUUGCUUCUUAUCUAGAAGGUGGAAAGCCUGUGGACGAAGAAGGCGUUGAAGAUGCUUUUGAGCUGCUUCAUGAGAUCAAUGAGCGAGUGAGAACUGGAAUUUGGGUUGGAGACUGCUUUAUCUAUAACAACUCAUCGUGGCGCCUAAAUUAUUGUGUUGGUGGUGAGGUCACUACAAUGUAUCAUUUGGAUCGCCCUAUGUACUUGUUGGGAUAUAUUGCGAACCAAAGUCGAGUUUAUCUUAUUGACAAGGAGUUGAAUGUCAUUGGGUACACAUUACUUCUGAGUUUGAUUGAGUACAAGACCCUUGUGAUGCGUGGGGAUUUGGAUCAUGCAAACAAAAUUUUAUCAUCCAUACCUAAGGCGCAAUAUAAUAGUGUUGCUCAUUUUUUGGAAUCGAGAGGUAUGUUGGAAGAGGCUCUUGAGAUAGCCACUGAUGCUGACUACAAGUUUGACCUAGCUGUGCAGCUUGGAAAAUUAGAAGUCGCGAAGGCUAUCGCCAUAGAAGCACAAAGUGAAUCUAAAUGGAAGCAGUUGGGCGAACUUGCCAUGUCCACAGGCAAGCUAGAGAUGGCAGAGGAAUGCCUUCUUCAAGCAAAGGACUUAAGUGGCUUGUUGCUACUGUACUCAUCUCUUGGAGAUGCUGAAGGAAUUGAAAAGCUUGCUUCUUUGGCAAAAGAACACGGAAAAAACAAUGUUGCUUUCCUCUGCCUUUUUAUGCUUGGUAAAGUUGAAGAUUGCAUACAGUUGCUUGUAGACAGUAACCGUAUACCUGAAGCUGCAUUACUGGCGCGUUCAUAUCUUCCUAGCAAAGUACCAGAGAUAGUGGCAAUUUGGAGAGACGACCUGAGUAAAAUUAAUCCAAAAGCUGCAGAGUCUCUAGCAGAUCCUUCUGAAUAUCCAAAUCUAUUUGAAGACUGGCAGGUUGCUCUAACUGUAGAAAAAAGUGUUGCGUCUCAGAGGGGCAAUUAUCUUCCUGCUGACCAGUACUUGAAUCAUGCUGAGAAGUCAGACAUGACUAUUGUGGAAGCUUUCAAAAGGAUGCAGGUUGUUCAGCAUGAGGAACCUGAAGAUGUGGCUGAGGAAAAUGGAGAACUUGAUCAACAGGCAUUUGAAGAGACUGAAAUGCAGAAUACAGAUGAUGAUGCUGAUGAACCUGAAGAGACAGUUUUAGUAAAUGGGAACAAGGGUGAGGAACAUCAGGGUACGGACAAUGAAGGAGCUUUAUCUGCCUAGAAUUCUUGGCAAAUAUGGGAACCCCAAGUUUUGCCUACGUGCUAACUCAACAUGAAUAGGGGCUGAAAGAAGCACAGCUCAUUGGCUGCAAAUUUUUUUUUCUGAGGGUAACAAAUGUGGGCCCCCUGUUUUACUCUGAAGCACCGGAACUGGUGAUGCUGGACCGCCUGAUGCUUGUCAUAUAGAAGGUCGCUAUACUUUUUGGUGUCAAUCUGCCCAUCCAGUCAUGCUUCUUUUUGUAAACAACGUAGGCAAUUCUUUCUUCUUGGAACGUUUGCAGACCCAAUUUCCAUGCCGUGAAAUCAAUGGAUCGGGUGUGGGGCCAGCUGCAAUGAAUAGUGUUUGAAUAAUUGGUAUAGAGGUAUGUAGUAAAAAUAUGCCAGAUUACCAUAGGAGAUGACAGCUUUUGUUACCCAUUCAUUGUAAUGACCUUAUUCGAUAAGGUUACGUGUAGUCUACGAUUGCAGUUGCGGGCCGGGAGUUUUUUCCCAUGUUAUGUAGCAUCAUUCUAUCGGAUCUGAGGCUUGGCUUGAGAAUC